UCGCACAUUGUUUUAACGCUUGAGCCCGGCCCGUGACCGUCGCCCUGAAGACCCGCCCCUCUCACAUGACCUCUGGCCGCCAUCUUGCUGCAGUCCAGCGGCGGCCGAGAAUUGGGUAGAGUCCCGCUGAGGUUCCGGCUGUGCGACCUUCUGUGCUCAUGCACUUUGGAACGAAGAAUCAACAUGGACGUUAAGAAUGAAAGCAGAACGUUCAGGACUGACCGGGGUGAAUCAUCUAAACCAGGUGAACCCAGUCACCUGGCACCUGGGGAUAGAGGGGUGGAUGCCCUUCAGUGCAGAGUGUGUGGGAAGGGUUUCCGCUGGCCCAGCCUGCUUGACACACACCUACGUGUUCACACUGGGGACAAGCCGUUUGAAUGCACUGUGUGUGAGAUGCGAUUUUACACAUCCAGCGAGGUGACCAAACACCAGCGAUUUCACACAGGAGAGAAGCCGUUUGAAUGUACUGUGUGUACGAAGCGGUUUCAUACAUCUAGUAACUUGAUCCAGCAUCAGAAAAUUCACACUGGAGAGAAACCCUUUGAAUGCACUGUCUGCGCAAAGAAAUUUUACCGAUCCUGCGACCUGAGCAAACACCAGCGAAUCCACACAGGAGAGAAACCUUUCCAAUGUGCCGUGUGCGAGAAGAGAUUUCAUACCUCCAGUAACUUGAUCCAGCAUCAGCAAAUUCACGCCGUGGAGAAACCAUUCGAAUGCGCUGUGUGCACAAAACGAUUUUAUACGUCCAGCCUCUUGACACAGCAUCAGAAAAUUCACACGGGAGAGAAACCAUUUGAGUGUGUGGUGUGCCGGAAGCGAUUUUACCGAUCCGGUUACUUAAUUGAGCACCAACGGAUUCACACCGGAGAGAAGCGGUUCGAGUGCACCGUCUGCAGGAAGAGAUUUCACACAUCGAGCAACUUGAACAAACAUUUGAAAAUUCACACUGGGGAGAAGCCUUUUGAAUGUUCAGUGUGUGAAAAGAGGUUUUACACAUCCAGUAACUUGACACAGCAUCAGCAAAUUCACACCGGGGAGAAAGCGUUUAAAUGUGCCGUGUGUAAAAAGAGGUUUAAAAGUUUCAGAUACUUGUUGCAGCAUCAAGCAAAGCACGCCGGGGAGAAAAUGCCGAACACGCUGGAUUAAACUGCCGAUUGCUGCUUGUGCAUUUUUACCUGCCCAGAGCAGACUGGAAUUUGCAAAUGUGCCCACGAAUGUUUCCACUGUGCUGUACAAACCAGGUCACAUCCUUCAUCCCAACAAGAGGAGCCUGUGAAACUCCUAAAAAUCAUUCAAGAGACAGUCUCCCUCUUCUCUCCAGGAGACCAUACUGUAUACAGAACCUGCUUCCAUCAGUCGAUCUCAUGCCUCUCUUAAGAUCAUCUCUCCAGACUUCCAUUAUAACUCAGCCCUUUGAUUUGAGGGAUCAUCCCAUACUUUCUCGACUGCUUCUGUCUCAAGCAUCAGAUUCAGACACAGUUCUCAAGUUAUGGAGCACUCUGCAGUUUAAUCACAAUCUGUAUCCUGCUGCAUUGGGUAUUGCUGCUCAGCAACAUGUUGGAUUUACUAACUGCUGCUCUGGAGAGGUUAGACAUCCAGUCCACUGGGACUCGAUGACCCUGAGUCAGGAAGGAUGAAGAUUUCAGUUGGAGGUGAUGACUCAUUGUGCAAGUCAGUUUUCAGUGUUUUGGAUUUGUCAAAACCAACUGAGUUUUACAGCACGAAGACUCUGUGAAGAUCCUUCAGUUGUACCGUGUUAUGUCUCUAGAUCAGUGUAUCCUAGAACUAUAGUCAGCAUUGAUUACUUCAUACUCUUCAAAUGUUAUAUUGAGUAGAAAAAGGACUAACUUUAUUUAUAAUGUAAUAAGUGUUAUUAGGUAUUCUGUAGUUGUAUUAAUAGAGAUGUCCAUCUACAUGAUAUUGUAUUAAAUGUAUUUAUCUCUCUUCA